CUCUGAUGAAUGUGACGGCCGUGAUGGAGGGCGAGGUGCUGCUGCCCUGCGACGUGGCCACCUCCAUAGAGGGUGACCUGCCCAUAAUGAUGAUGUUUUACAGGAAUGAGUCUGGCACGCCUAUCUACACAGUUGACAUCAGGGGCCGGAGACCAAUCCAGGCUAAGCACAAGCCGGUCACCAUACUGAAGGACCGCGCCAAGUUCGACAUGACCCCCGGCAACUCAGGGCUCAGGAUCAGGACGGUGUGGAGCUCUGACGAUGGCCUGUAUCGGUGCCGCGUGGACUUCAAGGACUCCCCAACGCGCAACUCCCGCAUCCGCCUGACUGUCAUUGUGCCGCCGGACAGCGUGAGGAUCGUGGACAUCAACGGCAACGAGAAGAGUUCCACCAUCGGCCCGUACGUGCUGGGAAUGACGCUCACCCUCAAGUGCAUCGCCACGGGAGGUCGGCCUCCUCCGAAGCUGACAUGGUGGGCGGGACACAAGGAGGUGCGGGGUGAAGUCAAGGUGACUUCCAGCGAGGUCAUCAACACCCUGACGAUACCUUCCUUGCAACGGCACCACCUCCACCAAUCCUUCAUCUGCCACGCCAACAACUCAGACCUCGCUGUCCCCGUCACCGCCGCCGUCACCGUGGACAUGACACUGCCCCCCAUGUCCAUCAGACUCCUCGGGGUGGACGGCCCGGUGUCAGCUGGCGUAGGCGUGACGCUGGUGUGCAUGGUGGUGGGAGCGAGGCCGGAGCCCACAGUGACGUGGUGGCUGGACGGGCGGCCACUCACAGCCCGGGAUGAACGCAUGCUGCAGAACAACGUGACGGAGAGCCAUCUGGUGCUGGUGGCCACGCCGGAGGACCAGGGCCGCUACUUGUCCUGCCGCGCCGAGACUCCCGGCCUCCUGCAGUCCUCGCUAGAAGACGGCAUGAAGCUUGUCGUGCACUACGUGCCGAAGGUGACCCUCUCGCUGGACCGCCACAUCAAGGCCGAGGACGUCAAGGAAGGGCUGGACGUGUUUUUCACCUGCGCCGCCGAUGCUUUGCCCGCUCCCUCCGCCAUCCAUUUUUAUCAUAACAACAACCACAUCAGCGUCAACAACACGGGGGGAGUCCUUCUGUUCAACACGACGCUGGUGCUGCAGAAGAUUGAUCGCUUACUCGUCCGGGAGUUACUCGUGCCGCGCCGUCAACACUCAAGGGGAAGGAGUGUCCAGGCCCAUCAACCUUGACGUGAAAUACUCCCCAGUUUGCCGCACGGGACAGAAAUGGGUGUACGGCAUUGCCCGGAACGAGAUGGUGCACGUGUCCUGCCAGGUUGACGCGCAUCCCAAGCACGUGAGCUUCUCGUGGAAGUUCAACAACUCCGCUCAGACAACGG